CGACUCCUCCGCGGCAAGCGCUCUUGAUUCAGACGAGGAAGGAGACAUGAUCAAGGGCAUGACCUCGGCAGACGAGUCAGACGAGGACGAGGACGAGGACAACUCAUCGGAUGAGUCUGACUCCGAGGGGAUUAAGCGCUUCUCGGACAUUGCAACAAUGAAGCUCCCCUCCAGCAAAGACGAUGCAGCGGUUCGCGCCCGCCUUUCCAAGCUCGAAGCCCGUCGAAAGGCCCAACCCGCAGCCCAGAAGAUCGAUCGCGCAGUCCUGUACGUCGGUCACCUCCCCAAGCACUUCACCGAAACGCCCCUUCGCUCCUACCUGUCCCAGUUCGGAACUAUCACCAGGCUGAGGCUCUCACGCAACAAGAAGACGGGCGCAUCAAAGCACUACGCCUUUGUCGAGUUCGCAGACGAGGAGGUCGCGCGCAUUGUGCAGGAGACGAUGGACAAUUACCUGAUCAUGGGUCAGCUCUUGCGAGUUAAGCCGCUCAGUCGGGAUCAGAUUCAUCCCAAGAUGUGGGUUGGAGCCAACAGGACGUUCAGGAAGAUCCCGGCAGGGAGGAGGGCGAGGGAGCAGCAUGACGGUGCAAAGAGUGUUGAGGGGAAGCAGAGGGCGGAGACGAAGCUGUUGGAGAGGCAAGAGAGGAAGAGAGCAGCACUCAAGGAGGCAGGCAUCGACUAC